GCGUUUGGUUGGCAGCGUGGGUUCCUAUUUUGACAUUUCCGCGCACGAUUUCUUGGUUAGGUCUGAAAAACCGGCGUUUUUCUUCGAAUUUUUUCCCAAAACGGCAAAAUGUCGGUGAAUACGAUUUUGAUGGACUUUUCUGUGGAUCCGUCCGCCGUUAAAAACGACUCUCAAGUGUCCGUAGUGUCUUCAAACAUUGAAAACGUCCUGCGCGAGUACCUCGCCAAUUUGAAAACCUUGACCACAAUUCGGCUGGAAACGGACGUUUUGCGGUUAUAUUCGAGCGAUGGGGGGCUGUCGGCCACUCUGCGCAUCUUCAACACUGGUCUCAUAACGCUCAACAUCGAGUACCUGAAAGGGGAGUCCCAGGAGGCGCUCCUCAGCUUCGAGCGAACCAAAGUUUUAGAGCAGAAAUUGCGAAUUGUUUUAAAUUGUUACCGGUGUAAGCUUCUUCCUCCGAUUAAGCGAGGGGCCUAUAUUGACGUUUAUAUACUUAGCUCAGACGAUCGCUUGCUCGAAUAUGACAUUGAUGAGCUAGUUUUUGAGGAGAGAACGCCCUAUCAGAAAAUACAAAUCGUGCAUUCGAAAAGUUUGGGAAAUAUGCUGGUUUUAGAUGAUCUACAAAACAUAUCCGAGGCCGAUUUAAUCUACACCGAGACACUAAUGGGGCGCGGCAUCGAAAAUUACAAAGACAAAGAAAUCGUGAUUUUGGGCGGGGGCGAUGGGGCCUUACUUUACGAACUUUUGAAAGAGAAACCAAAAGAAGUCAUAAUGCUUGAAAUCGACGAAGUUGUGAUGAAAGCGUGUGCCAAGCACAUGCGAUCGAUCUGUGGGGACGUCCUUGACAAAAUGUCGGGGCCCAACUAUGAGAUCAUUGUGGGCGAUUGUGUGAAAGCGAUCGAGCAGUACAUCAAAGAGGGCCGAAAGUUCGAUUACGUGUUCGGCGACCUGACCGACGUGCCCCUUUCGGAAGCCCCCACGGGGGAAUUGUGGGAUUUCAUCAAUAAAAUCCUAAGUCUUUCGUUCAAAAUCCUGAAACCCGACGGGAAAUUCAUGACACAUGUGAUCGGGUCAGCGGCCGGGGACGCCCUCAAAAUGUACGAAACGCAGCUGAUGAAGUUACAACCGCCGGUUAAGUUCACCACUUCGCACGCUUUCGUCCCUUCGUUCCUCGAAGAUUGGGUCUUUUACCAAGUGUUUUUCGACAAGAAGCAAUAACCGAGCAUUUCCAACUUGUAGUGUGUAGUUAUUAGUAGGAAAAAUAUUGUAUAUAAACACAGUGCAUGCGUAUACCAAAAAUUAUUUUCCGUUCAGUUGGCUAUUUUUGUAACUCCUGGAUUGACUCGAAUAAAUUACUUUCCGAACAAA